AUGGCUCCUGCGCUGAUGGACCCUGCAGAGUAUCCUGCGCCAUCGACCAAAGCCCAGUCGAACCUUGUUGCUCCCGAGCCUGAACACUGCCCCGGCCCCGAAUCCGAACAAGCCGGUCAAGGCGACGCCUGCAAUGGAUGCCCGAACCAGUCGAUUUGCGCCUCUGCGCCCAAGGGCCCUGACCCGGAUAUCCCGCUCAUCACAGCACGUUUGUCGCAGAUCAAACACAAGAUCCUAGUUCUGUCCGGCAAGGGCGGGGUGGGGAAGUCCACCUUUUCGACCCUGCUGGCCCAUGGCUUUGCGUCGAAUCCCGAAUCCACCGUCUUCGUAUGCGACACCGACAUCUGCGGCCCGUCGAUCCCGAAGAUGAUGGGCGUCGAAGACGAGUCCAUCCAUGUGAGCAACGCAGGCUGGAGCCCCGUGUGGGUGACGGACAAUUUGGGGGCGAUGAGCAUUCAGUUUAUGCUCCCGAACCGAGACGAUGCCAUCAUCUGGCGAGGUCCCAAGAAGAACGGGCUGAUCAAACAGUUUUUGAAGGAUGUCGAAUGGGGCGAAGCCGACUAUCUCAUCGUGGACACACCCCCGGGCACCUCCGAUGAGCACCUGUCUGUCAACUCUCUCCUCCAAGAGGCUAAAGUCGACGGUGCCGUUCUCGUGACCACACCGCAGGAAAUGUCGUUGUUGGAUGUCCGAAAGGAGAUUGACUUUUGCCGCAAAGCUGGCAUUCGCAUUCUUGGCCUAGUCGAGAACAUGUCUGGAUUUGUGUGCAACUCGUGCAAGACGACCUCGUACAUUUUCCGCCCAACGACGGGCGGCGGCCAGCGACUGGCGAAGAAAAUGAACAUUCCAUUCCUUGGUGCUGUGCCGCUGGAUCCUCGCGUGGGCAUGGCCUGCGACUUUGGCGAGAGCUUUGUCGAUAGCUACCCCGAUAGCCCGGCCUCGACAGCUAUCCGGGCUGUUGUGCGUGCUGUGAGCGAGCAGGUUGGAGAGGACCCUGAGAAAGUCCUCCCGGAUAGUCUCUUUUCCUAG